AUGCUCGAAUCUAGCCCUGGAUAUGCGCUCUUCACAGACCUUAGGAAGAAGAUGGGCAUGACCUCCUCGCAGCCUAUUCCAAGUCCCAGUCGCGUCGCAAACACCUCGAUGGUAGCUUCCCCCGCCACCAAGCGCAAGGCCCACUUUAACCCCAACAUGGAUGAUGUAGCCGCGUCGCAGCAGCUCAUGGACGAGGAAGACACGCGCGCCGCCGCCGAUGGCACCAAUCGCGAAAACAUGACCCUCUCUCAGGUCAACGGCAGCCACGACCCCUCGUCGUCCAAACAGAAGAAGCGCAAGCGAAAAGGCGCGCACAAGUCUGGUCAGAAUAGUAUUGCGCUAUCUCCGGCUGCGACUCAGGACUUGCUAGCCCAGAGAGACGACUCUCCGUUUCCCUUCCCGGCCUCUCAACCGGAACCCGAACUUUCCACUACCAACGGCCUCAUGCGUUCGACUGCCAUCGAAGUGCCAGACUCGCAAGUUCCUGCGCAGUCUCUGCACACGUCCGCCGCGUCGCCCACUGGCAACCAUGUCAUUCCGUCCAGCAACAUCGUCCCGUCCAGCGCCACGAAAAGCAAACGCACAUACAAGACGAGCAAGCGCACAAAACGGGAUCGACUCAGCCGCGACAACAUUCAGGAAGACGACUUUGACCACGAUAGGGACAUAAGCAUGCUCCUGGAAAAGGCACUAUCUCCUUCGCGCGCGCCGUCUAAACACAGGCCUUCACAAGGCGACGAUGCAGAAUCGGGAUCGCACAUGGAGUCGAAGGAUACACCAGAUUUGGAAGGUGGACAUUCGCGCAAAGUUGCGACUGAACCUGUAAACGGAACACCCACACCCAAGCGGCGGAAGAUUGGUAGCGCGAAAAGUGCGACUAGAGUAAGAGAUCUCAUCCAAGAUGGUCCUCACGACGGAAACGACGAAGACGGCGACUUAUUACGGAGCACCGAGAAGACCAAACUGAAACGAAUCAAAAAGCCGCGAACCCCGAUCGCAAAGUCGAAGAACAUCUACGAGAUUCCCGACGAUGAUCCACGUCCCACGAAUGGUCACGGCGAGAACGGUGACGCCCAGGACAAAGACGCUAUAAAUGCUGGAGUUGCGGAUGCCAUGAACAGCCCUGCACAGCCUGGAGGUGCUGGACAACUUAAUACACCCAAGGUGGCUUCUACCCGUAAGCCGCGUAGCAGUUUGAAGAAGGCAAGGAAGACCAACGACGAGGCUCAUAACUCAGCUACUGCUGUACGGACACCCGGGCAGCCGUUGGGCGACGACGAUGACGAAGACACUAUCAUGCGGGAGCCUAUUUCUAGCGACGAAGACGAUUACCGCGACCCUCCACCCGACACCAGCAGUCGCGACGAAUUUGAGAAGAAGGAGAGAAAGAAGAAGAGAAAAUCAACCACGAAGAAAGCUACGCCGCGACGCGAGAGUGGCAAGUUCAGUUACAAGAGAAAAAAUGUUCAAACGGGUACCGCAGCGGAGAGGGCUCUAGCAGGCGUGGAUCAUACCGUGAACUAUCCUCCAGAUCUCCGGACGACGGGCGAUUUCACUGCGGAUGAAGAAGAGCUGAUCCGAAGAGCUGUCCGGGAUUAUCAAGAUAGGAAGGAAUUGGAGAUACCUCAGCUCGUAAGGAUCAUCCAAUGGAGUAAGCAAGACCCCGCCCUCAACCGUACCAACGGCGAAGUAUCGGGAAAGAACGACUGGACGCCACAAGAUAUGGACAAUGCACGGGAGAGUGCCGAGUUCUGGAAUGACAUAAAAAACAUUACCACGAAACGUUCCUUUGACAGAAUGAGAAGACACAUCCGGCAAACAUACCACAUGUUCAAGAGUGGAGCAUGGACGGAUGAAGAGGACCAACUACUCAGAGAUCUGUAUUCGCAACACCCAAACAAGUGGAAAGUGAUUGAAGUAGGUAUGGGCGAUCGAUCAAUGCACGACUGUCAAAAUCGAUGGCGCGACUACCUGCAAUACGGCGACAAGCUAAAGUCUUCACGCUGGGAGCCAGAAGAAGAAGAGCUCUUCAUCCACGCCAUCACGACAGUCGCCCAGAGAGAUGAAGACUACCGUGCUGAACAAGGACUGCCGCCCGUGGAUGAAUACACGAUUAAACACAUCAAUUGGCAACAAGUUAGUCGUGAGAUGGACAACACUCGAAGCCGGAUACAGGUCGUGGCGAAAUGGAAGAACCUGCAGAAACGCAACCCUCCACCACACAUUCAGGUGGAGCACAAGCCGAGAAAGAACAAGUCCGCUCUUUCUGGACUUACGGCUUCCGACCCGACGCCUAGGAAACGUGGUCGACCGCAGCAGGGCGAGGGUCAGAUACCUAGAGGUCAUCAUGUUAUCAAGUCGCAGAUGUUUAUUCACACGUCGGACGACGAUGAAGUCCACGACGCGCCUCCAUCGGAGGAACGUGGUCGCCCUUCUCUGGGCGAGAGCUCGGUCGUGAAGAAGUCGAUGAACUUCCGUACGACUGAGCCAGAUGAUAUCGUUGAUGAUUCAGACGAAGACGAACAAGCGAACAGGGAAACGAAUGCCUCGCCAACGAAGAAGAAACGUCGGAAGUCCGGGAAGAGUCAGGGUAUGGAGCGUGAGAAGCCUCAAAAGUCGAAGAAGAGUAAGAUCAGGGAUGAAAUCGAGGAUCCUGAUGACGAGGACAUUAAUGUCGAUCAAAACGCGACACGUUCGUCGCCGCCAUCCAAGAAACGUGGACGAAUACGGAAGAAUGGCAAUACGGAAUCGGAGGAGCCGAAGAAACGGCGGAAACCAAAAGCGGCAACGGAAUCGGUUGAAGAUUUGGAGCUCCGAGAGGAAGAACAGUCCGAGCAAGUAGGGGGCAAUGGUAACGAUGUGGAGGAAAACACAACAUCCGCAUCUAGCAUCAGGCCCAACAAUGUUCCAAAUCAACGACUGGACGAUGGCCACGAAGGACCACGGGAUAUUGACGAAGACGAGGAUCCCAUUGAGGACGAAGACGAUCAGCCCCGUGCUGCGUCCGACAGUCCAGCAAAAGAUGUGGACGCUGAGCAGUCAGAAGCGGACAGCGGUGACGCUGUGUCGCAGAAAGAUGACGAGGAGCUUGAUGAGGAAGAGAAACAACUCGAUGUCACGCACAACGGCUCUGCAGAAAACUUGGACGACGACCAGUCAGAAGCAGACAGUGAUGCUACAUCUCAAAAGGAGAAUGAGGAGCACUCCGGCGAAGAGGUGGAUCAAGCGAGCAUCUCGCCCCGAAGCCCAGCAGCGGACGUGAACGACAAUCAGCCCGACGCGAACGGCGAUGCCACGCCGCCCCAGAAGCAAGACGAAACCCCGCCCCUUGACGAGGAAAAGUCUCAAUCCAGCCCUCCUCCAACCAUCAACCCCGGUUCCUCAAAACCCACCGUGUCGGACUCGUCCAAAAUGCAAUGGGGCGACCUCUACGACCUCAUUGCCAGACUGCAAGAGCGUCGUGAUGAGGAAGAAGGCGAUAUCGACUGGGAAGGUGUCGCCGAAGAAAUGUCAACCGAGGAUCGCAAUUACAUCUGGUCGGAAGAGACGCUGAGGACGGCGUUUGAGGACAUGGUUCAGUUGAUUAGGGAUAAUGGGAAGGAGGUUGAUACGGAGGAUCUCCCCGGGACGGUGGAUGAUAUUAUGGAUUUUGUUAGUGGGGAGCAUGGGGGUGAGAUUGAGGAGUAUUAUUCGCUGGAGUAG